UGAGGACUGUAGUUGGGAAACACUGCUCUAGAUGACCUUGUCCCGGCACCGAUCCUAAUGGUGGUGAUUAAUCUGCCCCCUUCUGUUCCCCUAUAGGCUCCGUCAAUGACUUGGAGAUACCAUGGAUGCCGGAGGGGCAGGCGUGGAGCCGCACACACAGGACCCCAAAAUCUCCCACGCUAUGAUCAUGCAGGACUUCGUGGCUGGUAUGGCUGGCACCGCCCACGUCGAUGGCGAUCACAUUGUCGUCUCAGUCCCGCGAGGCGUCUUGGUUUCCAACAUCAUUACGGAUGACGACAUCACCCUGGAGCACGAGGAAAUGUCGGAUGAAGUGGUCCAAGGUCCGGAUAUCAUCACCGAGGCCGACAUCAUCGCAGAGAAUGUCAUCGUCCCGGAGGCGGUCCUGGAAACGGACGUAGAGAUUGAGGAGGAGUUGGACAGCUGCCAUAACGUCCUGGAGUCUGACAUCAUUACCGAAACCGUCCCCGACCAAGUGUUUGUCGCUGACCUGGUUAGUGACGGCGAUGGUCAGCUGGCACGGGUGGUACGGGAUGGCUUGUCUGGAUCUCAUUCGCCUACCCUGGUCUCACAGGAGGUUUUGGUGGCAAGCUGUGAUUCGGAUAACAUUAUCCAAGCACCUUCCGGAUCCUCGGUGAGCGUCAAAACUGAGGAGGACGAGGAUGAUUUAAAGGAGGCUUCUGAGGAUUAUCUAAUGAUAUCAUUAGACGAUGUCGGGGAACGGUUGGAACGGAUCGGCAGCACCCCGAUAAAAAUCAGCACGGAGGUUUCCCAUGGGGACGGGUGUAAGGAAGACGGGUUUGGGUCGGAGGUGAUCAAAGUUUACAUAUUCAAGGCUGAAGCGGACGAUGAUGUGGAAAUAGGGGGAACGGAGAUAGUGACGGAGAGCGAUUUUCAGAAUGGACAUUCCGUCGCCGGAGUCCUGGAACAGAGCGGAUUGGCGCGAGUACCGCGGGAGAAGAUGGUGUACAUGGCCGUUAAAGAUUCCUGCCAGGAAGAUGAAGAUAUUGAAUUUUGUUUAUCGUCCUUAGGUUGUGCGGAAAUAGCCGAUGAAGUGUAUAUGGAGGUGAUUGUGGGGGAGGAAGAGGCCACGUCGCUCACAGAUGCGCAGACGGAAGAUUCGGGACUCAGCAAGACGUUUGUUCCUGUGGCCUGGGCUGCCGCCUAUGGAGAAGAAAGAGAGCUGCCCAGGAAAUACGGGGAAUGGCAAGAGAGCGCAAACAUGGAGUCUCGCCUGGAAACAAAGAACGCAACGGCGACUCAGUACCUGCAGAUCUGCGACAGUAUCGCCACCAGCAGAGCCCUGAAACAGAAAGCCAAGAAGAGGAGGCGAGGGGACGCCAGGCAAUGGCAGACGGCAGUCAUCAUCGGCCCCGACGGUCAGCCGCUGACCGUGUACCCGUGUCACAUCUGUGGUAAGAAGUUUAAAUCCCGGGGGUUCCUCAAAAGGCACAUGAAGAAUCACCCCGACCACCUCAUAAAGAAGAAGUACCAGUGUACGGACUGCGAUUUCACCACCAACAAGAAAGUCAGUUUCCACAACCACCUGGAGAGCCACAAGCUGACCAGCAAAACGGAAAAGCCUCACGAGUUCACGGAGUACACGCGGCGCUACCGCGAGGCCAGCCCGCUCAGCUCCAACAAACUCAUCCUGAGGGACACGGAGCCCCGACUGCACAAGUGCAAAUACUGCGACUACGAGACAGCCGAGCAGGGGCUCCUCAACCGCCAUCUGCUGGCCGUACACAGCAAGAACUUCCCACACGUGUGCGUCGAAUGCGGAAAGGGCUUCAGACACCCCUCCGAGCUGAAGAAGCACCUUAGGACCCACACGGGAGAAAAGCCUUACGCGUGCCAUUUCUGCGAGUUCCGUUGCGCCGACCAGUCAAACCUAAAGACGCACAUUAAAAGCCGCCACGGCACGGACUUACCGUUUAAGUGCGAGCAGUGCCCCCAGGCGUUCAGCGACGAGAAGGACCUCCUGCGCCACGCCGAGCUCUUUCAGGGCCACAAAACCCACCAGUGCCCCCACUGCGACCACAAGAGCACCAACUCCAGCGACCUGAAACGCCACGUCAUUUCUGUCCACACCAAGGAUUUCCCCCACAAGUGCGACGUGUGCGACAAAGGCUUCCACCGCCCCUCCGAACUCAAGAAACACAGCGAGACGCACCAAGGCAAAAAGGUCCAUCACUGCCGCCACUGCGACUUCAAAACCCCCGACCCGUUCAUCCUGAGCGGCCACAUCCUGUCUGUCCACACGAAAGACUUGCCCUUCAAGUGCAAAAAAUGCAAACGCGGCUUCCGGCUGCAACCGGAGCUCAAAAAGCACAUGAAGACGCACAGCGGCAAAAAGGUCUACCAGUGCCAGUACUGCGAGUACAGCACGACGGACGCGUCCGGCUUCAAACGCCACGUCAUCUCCAUACACACCAAGGACUACCCGCACCGCUGCGAGUUUUGCAAAAAGGGAUUCCGACGGCCGUCUGAAAAAAAUCAGCAUAUAAUGCGCCAUCACAAAGAGGUCCUUUUGUAAUUGUGUUUUGUGUGUGGGGGGGAGGGGGGCGGGGGGAACGAGGAGAACGCUGCUCCGACGCACUUCAUGCAUGAUAGAAAAUGUAGCACUUUUUGUAUGAAGGAUUGGAGGGUACAAGUAAAGCCCUCCCUUACUUGAGGCCGUUGCCAAACGCUAAGAAGGCAGAAGAGGGCAACAUAGAGGACCGCAGUCUCCUUAACAUACAGCACUCAGAUAAAGCCGCAGUCACUUUUCUUGGAUGUCUUUGGGACGGUGGCGGAACUACCAGGGUCGCACUUGCAACUGAGCCCUGGUGUUCCGCCACCGUGGCCAAGAAGGCAGGAAGGGGGCCAGCUGCGAAACAUGUGAAAGGGUCCUGCAGCGGGACCAUAAUAAAAGGCCUCUGGGAUCAGCGGGAAGGGCCUUGGGGAAGCCGUUCAUGGUUUCUUGCACUGGGGCCCUGAGGGUUCUAGUUACGCCUCUGCUUUUGGAUCAUUUUUAUGACGAUGUGUGUAGAGAACCUACAAUGAUAAUGAUGGCCACACAUAUCGAUGUGAUCGCGCAGUCGACGCAAAUAAGCUGAUCGAAUUGAUGAAAACCAGAGACCCAUUCUGCGAUCAAUUUAGAGAGCUGUUAGCUCUGUCCGGAGUAAUUGGUCGAUUUGCUUCUGAUAGCUCUCUGGGGCCUGCGUCAACGGGAUUUUGUUUCCUUCCUACGGGGUUUUGCACUUGUAUACAGCGGAACCUCGGUUAA